AUGGCUAAAUCCAUCAAUAAUCAAAGUAGUAACUCCAACCAACUUCAACGGUCCUUUGGCAUUACUUCCCAACCUAGCGUACUCGCAAGCUGCUACAGCGUUGAUGCUUUGACUUCCAUGGUCAGCGGCUUCCACUACUGCACCACGACGGGGACCGGUAAGAUUCGCCCACGCUUAAAAUCCAAUAUCCCGCAUCAUGAUGAACACAGUGGUAUCCCUGAGGUCCCCUCAGGGUCGAAAACCCCUUCUUCAAGUCCUCCCCGCUGGCUACCCGUCCCUUCGCCCGUAGGGAGCAGCUGGACGGGCAAUCAAUUGCCUGAAUACAAAGGGGAGGCAACGUAUACCAUUCCGGAAGAGUGUGAGAGGCUCUUCUGCGACAAAUUGCGCGCAAUUUUCAUUGGUGAGAUGAAGUUCGCGCAGCAAGAGUCGCCUGGGAUGGAUGCGUACCAAAGCCGGCCGAACUGGACCGGGCGUGCAAAAAGGCCAAUUCGAAACUGGGUCGAAGUUUGGGACUACGUUGGCGAUGCAAUUUAUCGAGGUUUUUUGACUGAUAUGAAUGAUGAGCGGACAUUAUUCUUGUUCUUCAAAGACAGUGUGCUUGGCCACAAUCUCAAAGCUGGGUAA